AUGAAAUCCAACACGCAAUGGCCUCCUCCUCCUCCUCUCGCCCAAGGCGAACGGGGAUCGCCAGUUUUUGGAACAGGCGAGAGCACAACAACACGCAUUGUAUCGCAUACGAAUUUCGCAUGUUCGUUUUCAAAUAAUAUUAAUCUAACAGAAAAUUACGAAGCAUAUUUUAAAGAGUUAUUGGAAUUCUAUUCACCACAAAUAGAUAAAAAUAAUGCAACAGCUGAAUUGAAGCAUUGGUGGGUUAAGCUCCAAAAAAGUGGGAUUAUAUCCAAAACAGGAAUUGAUGCUCUUAUUGAAUGCAAUUCAGAAAUGUAUUCGAAUAUUAAUCUUUUAUUAAAAAUAUUAUUUGCGGUACCGGUUUCCACUUCAACUCCCAAACGUAUGUUUUCAGGACUCAAAGGAGUUAAAACAUAUCUCCGUAACACAAUGUUUGAAGAUCGAUUAAAUCGUUUAACCAUGAUAACUGUUCAUAGAUCAAUUGUACUAAAUCCUGAUGAUUUGAUUGACGAGUUGGUUAAACAGCCAAGAAAAUUAGAUUUUCUUGUAUGA